UCCCGCUACAAUAUUCAAAGAAGUGACAUCACAGAGUGUACCUUUAAUUAGCUUCACGAUUUAAUAGAAUACAUGUAAGACAAUCUGUCUGUGCGUGCGUUCACUUUUGCCAUACAUAUAAAAAUGACAAGCAAAUACAGAGCAUUUUGAAACUUGGAACAGCAGUAGAAACAAAUGCGUUGUUCGACUUCAGAUCUUGCGUGGACGUGUUUGCACACGUGAAAAAUUUAAAUAAUUUACGGAGUAGACAAAUGGUGCUGACAAAUCGAAUAUUCGGGUUUUUGGGGGCACAGCCUAACAGCAGUUUGCUCUGACGUGAACAUAUAGUUGACGUUUUUAUGGUAAGUGUUCACUCUAGAGGUUUCAUCGACAUAGUCGGUGAGUUUGAUGAUUCAUUAUUAUAAGAAACUUGAAUGUUGUUUGUAGUUGAGGUUGAAAUGUCGAGUAACUGUUCCAUGCAAGGAUACCACGAUAGACCUAGAACGUCGUCAACGAAAAUUCAAUUACAGUAAGGUUAUACAAUAAAAACAGAACAAGGAUAAGCUAUCGUUCGACUAUAAAGCUACCACAUCUACGAAUAAUUCGUCAGCUUCACAACAGAAGAUCGUAGUUACUAUAGAAAUUUGACAAAUGCUAUAUUCAUUUCGCCACGCUAUAAUAAAUAUGUGCAGAACUCACUUAAAGCUUAGUACACUCUUGUUUACUUUUUAUUAUCGUUAUCAUACGAGUUUAGUUCUGUUGUUUUUAGUCGACGUAUGAACGAUUAUUUAUGACCGUCUGCCAUUUUUAUGGCAAUUCAUUUACUCCGCUGAUGUUAAAGUCUGGGGUGCGAGAGUCUAUGACGUCUCAACAAACCAACUGUGACAGUAUGUUGAGAUUUGUGUAAUUUUUCCGUAAAGUUGUCGAAAUUUUCAAAACAAAUGGUAAUUUGUACAAGCAAUGUCUGGCGAGUAUGAUCGAUGAGAAAACGCCAAUUAUAACUUCUGCAUUUUGCCACGGUUAUCCUUGCAAUGUAAGGUCGAGCGUUAUCAUGCAAUAGGUAACGGUUUAGCUUUAUUUACUAACCUUAACUGUUUAAUGCAAAGUUUUUUCAUCGUCUCUGAUUGUUAAAAACACACUUUAGCCGUAGUUGAGAAACCCGGAUUCAUGAGGCCAUAGUGAAAAACACCUGCAUAGAUUCCUACAUAGACAGCUACGUGUGCUCUUGCAGCUCUACUUUUGCUUUAAGGUGACGUUCAGUUGCAUCCGUCCACUGGUAUGACCAUCUAUAUAUCAUUCACCACGGUUCACGAUUCUAUGCAAAAAUGGAUCACAGUUGUAUUGUGAGAGCAAAGUGAAGCAAGCGCCUCGGCUUUUCACUUAUGACCCUUACUCAAACCAGGCGGCGGUAACUUCGCCUUUAAUCGAGGUGAACAAAUAUCACGUUUACAUUCAUUGAACCUGAAUGUUAACACCCUUACAGAGACACCCAUCACAGCUCUCAGCUUCUCGUUAUUUAUUUCGUUCAUGAGGUUCAUUUUGAGAUUUCAAAAUAUCCUUUCCGGGUUUCCUUUAACCUGUGGUUUAUGGGCAGUCUUCACCGAAACAAUGCUCACUACCGAUCGCCUGCUAAAAAUCCGAGUGAUGAUUUACGAGUAAACGGCCUCAGUACAUGUGCAUCUGCAACACAAAUAGGUGUGGUGGACGUUCAUGCAGAGAAUCGUGCACUCAGAUUUGGGUGGGUAAACUUUUGGCGGGCUGUUUCUUGUAGUGAGCAUCUUCCUGGUACCAGACGAAAACCAAUUCUUUCUGAAACAAAACAAAAAGUCUUGGAUAAUGACAGUGCGUCGUUUUUGAAAUUUGCGCGAAUAUCAGUUAUUGUCUAACCUUUCCGCCGUAAACAAAUGUCCACUAGAAAGAACUUCAUUUUUUACCCGAAAACAACGUUUCAUGUAGUUUUUUAAAAACCCGAGGAAGAUUUUCAGGAGACAAACCAAAAAAAUUUUGAGUCGAUUUUAGAUUUAAAUGGCUCAAAAAUUAAUGAAGAGACCAAUUUUGACACGCUUAGAUUUUUAAUAGAAAAAUUUAUAGUGGUUUUAAAGAAAUUCACAUUAGAUGCUGAUUGAUGAAUAAGCUCCAGAAACUGCUUUUACUUUUUUUUUUGGAAAAUUUAAGCAGCAUUAGUCGGCUACCAGCUCAAAAUGCAAAUCUGUUGGAGUUUUUUGUAUUUAACGUAUCUGACACAUCUACUUACUAAUGUCUUUUGACGCACGCUUUCUGUUGAAAAGUUACUGGUAUAUUAAGGCAGAAGUAUUUUGAAAAUGAUUAGUUAUUUUAGGUCCCAAAUUAAAAUUGUAGUAGAUUAUUUGAUUGAAUAAGCACGGUCGCCGCAAAUAAAAUCUCUAGCGUACAUGAAAAAAUAUCAGUUUUUGUUUAGACAUAAACAAUUCUCAUCUUAGACCCGCCAUCUUGUAUAUAUAUAUAUAUACUAUGGAACUAUAUUUAGGCUUUUUGAACAGGCGAUUGUAUUGUAGCCCCUUCGGGUGCUAUAUCAAUAACUAGUAGCUCUAACAAAGCCAAAAAGUAUGUUGUAAGCUGUUCUUCAAGUUCCAUUAGAUAUCUUCAAGAUGAGUACUACUCCGCCAGCUGUAUCAAGCCGGAUGGCUCGAUACAGAUCUUGUAAGAAGAAACGGUCACCAAGUUCUUCGCAAGAUCUUGACAGCUCACCCGAGUUGACGACCGCUUCAGCAAAAAGAACAAAGAGAAGUUCACCUCCGGGAAAGAAUUUAGCUCAACGAAAUAUUAAUUCAAAAACAUCAUCUAACAAGAAAAAUUCAUCGCCGGAGGAACCAGAAGAGGCAGGAAAAAUCCCAGUCACAAAUAUACGGUCACUAUCGAGAACUGGUAAUCGCACCCCCAAGGGGACCGACACAAAGGAAAUAAAAGAACCGUUUCUUAUCGGUGUCAGCGAUAGAAAUAUUCAACGAUGGGAACGGCCAGAUGUUGAGGAGCUUUCACAAAGAUUUAGUGGACGACGGUCAAAUAGAGCAGCAGUGAAUGGUGACGUGAAUCCGGACAACAGAGUGAGUGAGUUUGAAGGAUCGUCAGCUUCUGCCAACAUUUGGAGCAACGAUCUCCUGGCGGCGACAAACCCCUGUGAUGUCGUUCUCGUCGGCGACGACGACAGUCUACUAGGGCCUACCUUCAUCUAUCGCGACGCCUGGACACUCAAAUAUGCGCCAAAUACAUUUGGAACGUUUGUGGGAAACACGACAGCUGUGGGAAAACUCGAAGCUUGGCUUAGAGAGUGGCAGGACCCAACACGGAAUAUGAAAGUUUCGACUGAAGAUGCCAAUUAUCAGUCGCAACAGGACGCCGUCUCUAGUGCGUUAUUUAUCAGAGGGCCACCGGGAGUCGGGAAGACAGCAUUGACGUAUUACGUUGCCCAUCGGUUGGGAUAUAUGGUGAUCGAAGUAAAUUCUUCGUCAGAACGUCCUGGCCGUCGAAUUCUUGCAGAUCUUCAGGAGGCAACACAAAGCGCUCACGUUGAAGGAACUAAGGUAUCGGCCGGAAAAAGUAUAACUAGCUUUUUCAAACCCACACUUGGUGGAUUGCAGGGUGCCCUCACAUCAAGUGACCUCACAACCCCCAUUUCGGCGAUGGUAAAUAGAGUAAAGGUGACGAAGGGAAAGAAGACUCCUGUUGUUAAUCCUAAAGGGACACUGCAACAUUUCUUCACUCUAAAAAAAUCACCAAACACUAAACCGAGCACAGAUAAGGAAGAAAGCAGAGAGGAUAGCAGUCCUGAGGUGCAAACUCUAACAUGUGAACCUAAAUCAUCUAUAAAGACCUUUUUUAAAUGUGACAAGAAAUUUAGUAACUCAGUAACAUCGACAGCAACAGUAGUUGAAAUGAAGCCUUCGUUGAGCCCAGUCAUAGAGACGGAACAACCAAACCACUCGAAAAUGGACAAAUCUAUGAAGAGUCAAAAAAUCAAGUUCUCGAAGAACACCAUUAUCUUGUUUGACGAUGUUGACGUGAUUUUUGAAGACGACGGUGACGAAGGCUUUUGGAUGGCUUUGGAGACGGUGGUGAAAAACUCAAAAAAGCCAUGCAUCCUCACAGUUACUCAGGGUUAUGAAAGUAUUGCGAAACGGUUUCGGAUUCUGCAGAACGCACCGCUUAUCGACCUGCGUCGACCAGACCCGGUAGAGGUGGCGACUUUGGUUAAACGCGUCUGCGAAGUGGAACAACGGGACCUCACUGACUAUAAUGUCGAAUUCAUGUGCCAGUAUCUCGCGUCCGAUGUCCGGCGUUCCCUGCUUCAAAUGGAAUUUGAGACGAUCUCGUCCGGCCUCACACAGACAGUAUAUCCGGCGAAUAAAACCUUCGGUGGACUUCUCGAUUCAGGGUUUAUUGACGAUGCUUUAGCUAUACAAAUGGCAUAUAAAAAAGUUGGCUUUAACGCUUUAUACGCCUCACUGGAAGACUGCUUGCCAUUCCAAUGCGAUGACGCCAAUUCUGCCGAUGUCGGUACAACAAUGCCCGGGAGCUCUGAUACAGCAGAAACAGGUAGAAUUAGUAGACAGAGAAAAGCCUUUGAGGAAUCAACGCUACGUGAUUUAUCUGAGAUCUUCGAUGAGCUUUCACAUUGUGACCUUUACACGGGGACUCUCGAUAAGAUGGGCCAAGAGUAUCUGCCAUCGUAUGAAAGAGCAAAACGUUGGAUGGAGCGCCAUCCAAUGGAAACUCAGGAUUCGAACCCACGAAUGGUCGAAGAAUUACUCGAAAUCGAAGCUUCCGUAUUGCUGAAAAAAACCGUCAAACCCAUCAAUCGGAUCACCGAAAGGUUCGGAUCACUAGGGCCAACUGAACAGAAAGCUUUUCGCUUUCUGCGCAUCUCUAGCACAUCGAGCUUUCAUAAUAUCCACAAGCAACUAGAAAAGGUGCGGAGCCGCGAAACCGCUCUGGAGGAUGUCCUGAAUGUGUUUGCCAAUUCGCGGCCCCUUGCACGCGACUAUCUGGCAUAUCUCGUACGAAUUUGCGAAGCCGAAGAAGACCGGCGAAAAAUGCCCCGCAGAAGCGCCAAUCGUUUUGUGCACUACCUUUCUCAAUUAGGUAUAUUCCAAGGCACCGAGAAAAUCCAGCGAAUUGCAAAUUUCUGGAGAAAUGACGAUAAUAAGGCAGAACCUGCUCUCGUAUGACCGUGUAUAUUAGCAUCGUUAGAAAGAUGAACAAUAGUAUUCUAAUAGCCGUAACAAGUUUUAAUGGUAGAUAAGACUCUUUCACAUCAAUGAAUUGUUUAAUGAACGGGGUCAACUGAACAGAACGGAAGCCUCUGCUAAAAAAAAAGAGUUCCAGUAUCCAUAAAGCGUUUGAAAUAUUGAAUUGAGACGAAUAAUCCUAUCCGUCUAGCUGUACCUAAUAGCGAGAGCCAUCUUUUGUGUAUUGAAUGUCUAAUAACUUUGUGAUCAAUUUUUUGUGGAUUAAAAGCAAAUCAUACAUAAAUGAUACAGUAUAGUCUACGAUGUAUAAUGUAAAUAAUGCGCCAUAAAAAUAGAAACGAAAUUCGCUUGGUAGAAACAUCAUCCAAGGACGUCAACCUCACUGCAUGGUUGCAUAUUUUUCCAGACAAAAGUGAAUAAACAAUUUCUGUUAAAUAUCUAAUGAAUAGGAUAUUUUCAACGUAAUUUUAUUAAAAAGAGUUGUUGUAAACCUAUCACCUCUUUGUUUAGUUUGAAUUCAGUUAGUUAAAACUAUGGAUUCGUCAACCUAGGGCGCUACGACAUGUUGCUAACAUGAUUACCAUUGCAUCUCUUCGCCAUCGUAACUUAUUCAGCGUGGUCCCUAUUUCGUUACGGCCUUUGACCCUUGGAUAUAAUGGCUUCAACAGCUAGCUUUAAUAUAAACAUAGUACGAAAAUUGUAUUUAAAAAGGAGGGAAAUGAGGCCGGACCUUUUAGACUUUUUUUUUUUUUGUUUCUUAUAUGUGGGACACACAAUAACCUUAACCUAGUGAGUUCUAUGGAAGAUUUCUUCCCCAGGUAGGAUUCCAUUACAGUAAAACGUUCAUAGAACUAUGCGUAUACAUACAUUCGCUUCGAUGUUGGGUUGUUUGACGGACACGCGGUCAAUAAUUUGAUUAACCAGAGCAGCGUUUAGUAUUUGAUAAAUCACAGUGCUUAGAAAUUUGUAUUAUGAAUGUAUAUAUGCAUUAUACAGUAGUUAUUCUGCUAUGUAUAGUGCCCUUGUGAUCUAUUAGGAAGGGUCCAAUAAGUUUAAUUGUUGUAGAAUUCGACCUAUUUUUCCAUCGAAGGAAGACCUGUUAUAAGCAGUAUUUUCAAAUUCAAAGAAAAUACCUAUAGUAAACCUAUGCUGAAAAUUUACUAUCAGUUACUCAAACGCAUCUAUUGGCAAAUUAAGAAACAAGCAUUUUAACUUUGGGUUAAUGAAUAUGACAUAGAACAGGCCAAUACAACCAUGACUUCGAAAAAAAUAUUAGAGAAAAAAAGGCACAAGAAGGUAAUACAUAGGGAACAUCUUCGACCUAUUUGCGUUGUGAGGUGCUUGGCUGACCGUUGCAUGAUCGACUUCGAAAGGAAGCGUCGAAUUUUAUCUCUAAGCUCUUAUCUAUCUGUAAAAACGGGACGUUGUGAAAAUGUAUUUAUAUGAUUGUGGACUUCUGUCACUAUUGUCUGACGCUGGCAAAGGGGAGCGUAACAUUUUCAAAUGGAAAACAUCAACAUGCUGAGAAGACUGUAAUCAUCGACAUUGUAACGUCGAGGGUCAGAACCGCAAUUUAAGGACAUUUUAUAUCUAGUUGCCGCUUAACACUUCUACUGUUCGGUUUAGACUUAAUGAUAUUAAGUUUACAGCGACUGCUUCGAGGAGUGGCAAAUGUGCGACCAAGAUGCUUAUUCGAUGGCUCAAUUUGACCUUUCAUUCAGAGAAGUUCAUCUUCCAGAAGGUGUCGUCAAACUCAAUAAAAUUUAAUAUUGCGACUGAAAGAAUUAACCACCGCAGUUCAACCUAUGGUACUUUCGCUUUACAGUUCUCACCUCAAAAAUGCAAUAAAAGGAAAAUAAGUGAGCCAACAAACAUGCUAAAUUUCUUCAAACAUUGCAGGAAGCAUUGCUUACCUUACGCGGAAAUUAUUAAUUAAAUUUUACAAAUGUUUUGCAAAACAAUGUUAAUGCCAUAAAGAAAGGACGUAAUGCUAAUAUCCAUAGAUAGAAAAGCGACAGCUAGACAUAUUUAUAGAUAAUCAUGGAGAAAAUGAAGAUGUUCCAAAGGCGCUAAGAGGAAGAUGAAAGCGAUACGAUGAAAUCAAUUUAUUAGCGCUUCAAACUGAUUGAAGACAGAUUAGAGCAAAAGCUAACCGAUUUCAAUGGAAUAACUCAUAACAUUGCAAAGGUUUGCUCGUCCAAUCUUCAUUAAUAUCGCAUUAAUAGCUACGGAAACCCUAAGCCCCACUG